ACCCGGAAGUCGGGCUCCGGGGGCUCCUGCACUUAGUCGGCACAUUAGGAUGUGGAUGUCGCCUGCGUUUCGCGGCACAUUUACGCUUGGAAAUAGGCGCCGUACAUGACAUCAGACAGGCGACUAUUCGAUACAGAAACGCGAUAAAAAGCAGACAAAGGCGCAGCCAGCAUUUUAUAGCAGUAGCCUGAGGUAGCCGCUUUGCCAGGUCGCCUUUUACACCGGUUUGCUGCUCUUGAGUACCGGGAUUAUAUCGACCGAUUUAGGUAGACCGUGAUUCGAUGCCUGAUCAAGGCCCUAGGAUGAAUGGUUUCUCUAUCGGCGAACUGUGCUGGCUCUUCUGCUGCCCCCCGUGCCCGAGCCGUAUCGCGGCGAAGCUUGCCUUUCUGCCACCGGAGCCCACGUACUCGGUACAGACGGACGCCAACGGCACCACCAGCCUCCAUUUAACGGAGCGGGCGGACUGGCAGUACUCCCAGCGAGAACUGGACGCCGUCGAGGUGUUCGAUACCAGGACGAGUCGGGGUAACCGUGUGGGCUGUAUGUUCGUGCGCUGUGCCCCCAACAGCCGCUACACCCUGCUGUUUUCCCACGGCAACGCUGUGGACCUCGGCCAGAUGUGCGGUUUCUACAUCGGUCUAGGGUCGCGGAUCAACUGCAAUAUCUUUUCGUACGAUUACUCUGGGUACGGCGUUAGCAGCGGGAAGCCCUCCGAAAAGAACCUGUAUGCCGACAUUGAGGCCGCCUGGCAGGUCCUGAGGACGAAGUAUGGUGUGACCCCUGAGAGCGUCAUCCUGUACGGCCAGAGCAUUGGCACGGUGCCCACGGUGGACCUGGCAUCCCGCUACGAGUGUGCCGCUGUCAUCCUGCACUCGCCGCUCAUGUCAGGGCUCCGUGUGGCCUUCCCCGACACCAGGAAGACGUACUGCUUUGACGCUUUCCCCAGCAUUGAUAAGGUAUCCAAGGUGACCUCCCCUGUCCUGGUCAUCCAUGGCACAGAAGACGAGGUCAUCGACUUCUCGCACGGCCUGGCCAUCUACGAGCGCUGUCCGCGCGCUGUGGAACCACUGUGGGUAGAGGGGGCGGGCCACAAUGACAUCGAGCUCUACUCACAGUAUCUAGAGCGACUGAAGCAGUUCAUUUCCUACGAGCUGCCCAGCUCCUGAAGCCUGCCCCCCCCCCCC